GCCCAAUGCACUUAGAACAUGCUGUAAUUAUUGUUUCAAAUGUAGCUGAAUGAAGAUGAUGAAUAUAUAAGAUUAUAGAAAUUAUCAAUAGCAAUAAAAGAGAUCACGCAGAUUUUACCUAAUUAAAAACAAUUCAAAGACAUUUCGACAUUGAAGUUAUGUAUAUAUAUAAUAAAGUAUUCCAAGUAAUAUGCGCUUAUCCAUUUUAACAACACAGUGUGGAAUUACUUAUUUCAAUUCUCUUUGAUAGAUUUAAGGAUGGAUAAUUUAUUUCUGCAUUCCACUAAGCUUGCUCUGAAGUGGCCUAGCUCUAAGAACAAAGAGCCCUAUUAAGUUAAAGAUCACUCUCUCUUAAAUCAUCACGACUUACAAACAUGUAAUGCUAUUGAUAAUCCUAGGUAAAAUACAUCUUUAGAUUCAAGAAAGAGUUCACAAAAUGUGUCUUUUGCAAAAGCAGUAAUAGAAAAAUUACUGAUCGCUAAAAAGUUUAGUACUCGAUACUUAAAACAAUUAUUUUUAUAGGCAAACGAAUUAAAAAUGGACUUAGAAAAGAUGGCAAGGAUAUUCAAAAUAUUAAUUAUCAAUACAAAAGAUCAAGAAUUUAGAUUAAAAAUUAUAUCUAUUUUUGACGAAUGUAAAAAUGAUAUCUUUGGAAAUCGCCAAUGGGUAGCUACAUAUUAUGAAGAGAUAGAUUAAUGUAAUUAACUUAUUAUUAAUUAGUCUUUUUAUAAAAUCAUGUUUAAAGUCCAAGUAAAUUACCGGAUUUUAUUCAAGAGAAAAACUCAAAAAUAACUUUUUAAGUGAUUGAUGAUCCCUUAAACUAUGAUAGUGAUGAUAGUCAAGAGGAGAGCAUUGAUAUUUAAAUUUAAAAAUGGCUUUUUGAAACUAACACAUAUGACGUGCUUGAAAGAGAGGACAUCUUUAAUAAACCAGAAAAUUAUGAUGAAAUUCUAAAGUAUAUUACUUAACCUGAAAAAGUGGAAGUCCAUAAAAUAUGGGUAAAAUACCAAUAUAAUAUUAGGCUAAAUACUCUACUGUAAACAUGUAAAAUGAUGAUCCCACUUAUUAUAAAUUGAUUGGAAAAUCUUUGAAACAAGAAGAAACUAUACGUUCGUAUAAGGCCCUUUAAGUUUUGAUCAAGGAGGACAACUUUUAAUUUUUUGAUGAAUUUGUCAAAUAAAAUGUCAUUCAAAUCUGUAAAAUAAUAUUUAGAUCAUUUAGUUAAUGGAGUUUAUGAAUUUGUUAAUGAUUAGAACCAUAAUAUGAAUCUUAAUCAUAUUGCAAAACUCAUUGAAGUAACAUUAAUGAGACAACCAAAGUUAAGUGUAGUAUAAAUAGUGGAUUUAAAUCUUUAUUUUUCAUUGAGUCUCUACAUCUAUAAUUCUAUGAUAGCAUAAAUUUUAGAGAGUACUCAUAUAUAUAUGAUAUCUAGAUAUAAUAAAUAUUAAGAUAGACUAUUAUUAAUUAGGGUAUUUCUUCUAGGAAUAGCUUUGGAAAUAUUUGUGUAAAACGGAGUGGUUUAAAUUUAUAGUCUCAUUGGUUUCUAAGGAAGGUGUAAAUAUGAAUAUUACUGAUAAGCAUACCAAAACUGAGGCUACAAUUAGUAUUUUAUCAAUACUUAAGACUCUUUCAUAAUAUGAUUAAAAGUAAAUUAAUUCUUCAUCAAUAAAUACUGAAGAUAAGGAAUUAUUGACUAAUUUUUUGGGUGUGCUGUAAUCAGGUAAAACCCCUGAAUUGUAUUAUACAACUAAUUAAUUCAAUUGGCAAUUAAACAAAGAGAUUUAUGAAUAUAUUUCAGCUAAUGAGUUUGAUAACAAGGACUUAGAUAAUUUAAAUCAAUUUAUAUAAGAAAGAAAGAAUAAUUCUUCGAUUAAACAAUAUUUCAUGGAAUUAAAAAAUUCUAAAAUGAGAAAAUCAUAUAUCCCUCCAUAAAUUGAAAUAAUUGAAUAAGAAUAAAUUAUAUUAACGAAAUCUAUAGAAUCACCAGCACCAACUAGAAGUACGAGAACUAAAAAUAAUAUUAUUAUUAGCACAAGAAAAAGUUAAUCAAAAGGAAUAUCAAAGUUAACUUAAUCUAAUUCUUUAUAAUCUUCUCCAACUUAACUAGUGGAAUCACCUUAUUUGGAAUCACAUGCGUAAACUUAAGUCUAGGAUUCAAUAGAAGAAACCUAUUCCACUAGUUUUAAGAGAUAACAAUAAAAAUCAAUAUUUUUAUAUCAUUAAUCCAAAUUUAGACACAGAACGGAAGGAAAUUUUACUAAUGAUGGAUUUUCUAGUUCAAGACUUAAGACUAUUUAUCCAAGCUAUAAAACAUCAAUUAAAAAUACCUAAUAUGAAAAUUAACUAGAAUAAUUGUAGAUUGAUUAUAAAUACUAUUAGAAAGGUAUAAGGCUAAUGCAUGAAGCUACAAAAUCAAUAUUGCAAUAUUUAAAAUAAAAUAAUGAUAAAGUUAAAUCAGCUUUAAGUAAGUUAGAUAUCUCUAGCAUGUCUAAAUGUUUUUUAAGUUAAAAUUUGUUUGAUAGAUAUUUUUAGAUAUAUAUGCUGAACAUUUUGGAAAAUUAGCCAUAUGAUUCCAAUCUAUCAGAUGAAUGCGGAGUAUUCAUUAAUUAUAUUUUCGAAAAUGUAUUAGAAAUAAAAUCUCUUGCUGAUAGUUAAAUAGAUCUCUGCAACAGUUUUUUAAAUUCUAUUGAAUAUCUUUGUAAAAUUAUAUUUGAAAUGCACAAAAAUCCUAAUUUUCUUAUUUCAACAAAACACAAAUUUAAGAAAACUUUGUUAAUGACAACAUUAAACACAGGCUUGUAGUUGUUCCAAUUAACUUACAGUGAUCAAAUCGAAAAGUUAAUUAUUAAAUACUUAAAUGAAAGCGUAUUACACAUUUUGGUGAUUUGGUUUUUCGAUAGCGAUUCAAACAAUACUUUUUAAAGAAACUUCUUUAUGUAAUUAUUAGUUUAUUUAUUUUCAAGGUUUUUAAACUUAUUACUUAAUUAAGCACAUUCUGCUCUGAUAUCAACUCUUUUUUUCAAAAUAGGAUUUAUUGCGUCACUCUAAAAUGCCUAUUCAAGAUUCUAUAUGAAUGGAAUCAAGAAUGAUUCAAAUUAUGAAAACCUAUCUUACUACAUCCAAAUUAUAAUUCAAUUAAUUUAAAAUGUAUAGAUUAUGUGUAGAUUAAGGUUAUUCAUAAGAGAUAAUUAGUUUAAGUUGAAAAAAACUUAGAGACUAUGUAAUCAUGGCACAUUAUAACAGGAAAUAAAUAUAUAGAAUUAACUAAAUCGAUAACAAAUACUAAUAUAGUUUAAGAUAAUAUGAUAAAUUUGGAGAAACAAUCAUAAAAUACACCAAAAUAUGCAAGCUUUCAUCGAACCGAAGAUCGAGGAAAGAAAGAAAGGAAGGUUGGUGAAAUUUUAAUUUAGAAGGAUAGAUCAACAUUAUCAAGAAAAUCCUUGUUACUUUCACCUAGAUUAUUACCUCUAAGUCCUGCUUUGGCUAAUAAAUUUAAUUAAUAAAAUUCUUGAUUUACUGAUUUUUUAU